AUGUAUGUGCACAGUCCAAGGAAUGACGCGGUCCGUUACUAUCGUCGAAAAACUGACGCGCUUUUUGGCGGUCCGAACGCGCCGGUCACGGUCACUACGCGACGUCAAAAACGCAUCAAAAAUGGUCAUGGACGAUCAAUCAUGUCGGCGUUCAAGUCUCGACUGGGCGUGUCGGAGGUGACUGACAACAAGAGCAACCUGGGCCGCGCUCUGGUGGCUGAGAUGGUCGGCAACUUUGUGCUCAACUUCUUCGGCUGCCUGUCAGUGCUCGACCUCAACCAGGCGGCCAACUCCAAUGCGGCGCCCAACAUUGUUGUCAUCGCCCUCUCCUUUGGGCUGGCCAUCAUGGCUUGUGUGCAGUCAUUGGGUCACGUGAGUGGUGCACACAUCAAUCCAGCUGUGACGUUUGGCUUCAUGGUGACUGGAAAAGUGACUAUUAUCAGAGCACUGCUUUACAUCGUCGCACAAUGCCUUGGAGCCAUCGGUGGAUCUGCUGCACUCAAGUCUAUAAAUGGAAUAAAUAGAAACAGGAAUGAAUCUUCACAAUUGCUGAAAAAGGUGGAUAAAUAG